UGAAAACAACUCCGGGCGUAAACAUCGAUCGUCACAGAGACCUCGUAUAAAAUAUUUUUCUCGUACAACACACAAACCGAUUGAUUUGCCAUGGCUUAGAAAACAAAUCCACAAUGACUGCUGUAGGGCAGCCACUGCUAUGGCAGGGUGGGAUGGGUGGAGUGACCCUCCGCCCCCAGCCACGCUUGGAUGUAAAGUGGCUCAAGUCAGAUCUGCAGAGCCUCCUGCAACCAGACAACCUACCAUCACUGUACAAUCAGAUGGUCAAGGAUGGGGAGGUUGCAGGACCACAUGUUGAGGGCAUCCUUAACUCCGUUGGGGUCACUGCCAGAAGAGGGGAAAGUGGUCACUACUACUGUGGCAUGAAGGUCCUGACCUGUCCUUGCUGUGAUGGAAUAUGUGGGCCUCAGAGUGGCUGCAACUGUGGACCAUGCCAAAAGCUAGACCGUGAAGAGGCGGAAAGGGAACUUGAGAAUGGAGAAGGCUUUACCCCUCCUUCUCCCUCUCUUCUUGAUGGUUGGACGUGGGGGCCGCAACCAGAGGCCAGUGACCUGAAGAAAUGUUUAGAUGUGCUUGUAAAAGAGCAGAGACUCAUGUGUUUAGAGGCUGCAUCCACCACACUCUCUGCCAGUCGUCUCCAGCAGAGGUUUAUGGUGGCACAUAGAUAUCUUGUUGCACUGAAAAGAGCCAGACCACCAGAAACAAAAUCUGGGGAAAGUAAUGGAAAGAAGAAGGUUCUCACUGCGAGUGUCUGGGGAGAAGGUCGUGUGGGAAGAGGUGCGGGAGCAGAGCGAGCCACUCUGGGACUUGCGAGAGUUGGGUCUAGAGCGGCACUGAAUUUUGCAUUUGCAUUCCUCAGACGAGCAUGGAGGUCAGGCGAGGAUGCUGAUCUUUGCACUGAAUUGUUGCAGGAAUCUCUUGAAGCUUUAGAAACACUUCCAGAAGCCACAUUGUUUGAUGAAUCUUCUGUAUCAUCUGUGUGGCUGGAUGUAGUGGAGAGGUCACAGAAAUUCCUCACUUCUGUUGUUCUGAGUCAGGUGUCGGGUGGAGGAACUGGUGGAAGCAGCAUGACCCGUGUACCUCUUGGUGAUCGGCACAUGGCACUUUCCCUCCUGCUCCAUUUGGCACUCCAGCGGGCAACUCUCUCCACCCUGCUGACAGUGAUCACUCUUCUUCUCCAGCUGUGGGAUUCAGGAAGGAAUCAGGUUGACAACCGUGUCAGCAGUCAUGGCACAAGUGCACCACUACUUCCAGUCCUCCAAAGAUUUGGUUCCAUCCCUCUCCUCAAGUCACAGCCAUCCUCAUCCUCACUGUGGGAUGAAAAUGCACCAUUGGAGGUAAGCCCAACCGAGUGUCUUCUGCGAUACCUGGAGUUGCCAGAGGAUGAAGAAGUAAGCGUAGAUUUGGAGCAAGCAGCAGUAAUCCUCCUUUGUCACCUGGAUCGCCUUGCUACCCCACACACUCCACCUCUUCACAGCCCGCAUGGAAGACCCACACAGGGGCAAGAGGUCCUUUGUUGGGGUUGGUUGGCCUGGUCAGGUGUUUCUAGCCCAUCAAGACCCUUAAAUUACUGUGACUCUCUAGCAGAGUUAGGAAUAAAAUCUGUUGCUUGUGCUGAGCGUUGCCUGCUCAUCCUUACACAAAAGGGAACAAUGUACUGCCUUUACUAUAAUUCAGAGACACAGUGUCCUCAGCCAGUUCCAGGUCAACCUGAAGAUGAAGUACUUAAGAUUGCAGCCCACCCUGAUGGAAAACACUAUUUGGCUCUCACUGCUAGUGGCCAGGUAUACUCAUGGGGAAAUGGAGAUGGUGGUCGCUUAGGUCAUGGAGACAGUAGUUCAAGAGAAGAACCAACUUUGAUCCAAGAACUUCAAGGAAAGACUGUGAUAGGAAUAGCUUGUGGUUCAACAUACAGUGCAGCUAUUACAGUUGAGGGUGAACUGUACACUUGGGGUCAAGGCAACUAUGGAAGAUUGGGACAUGGUUCUUCUGAUGAUCAUAGUACACCAACUCUUGUAUCAGCAUUAAAAGGAGAGCGUGUUCUUGAUGUAGCUUGUGGAAGUGGAGAUGCUCAAACAAUAGCAGUGACAGAUUCAGGUUUAGUGUACUCUUGGGGUGAUGGAGACUAUGGAAAGUUGGGGCGUGGUGGCUCAGAUGGUUCAAAAGUUCCUAAGCUGGUGGACAAGUUACAGGGACAAGAAAUAUGCAGAGUAUUUUGUGGAGCUCAGUUUUCUCUAGCAUUAAGCAAAAAUGGAUCCUUGUUCACAUGGGGCAAAGGUGACAAUCAUCGUCUCGGCCAUAAUAGUGAAGAGCACAUUCGAUAUCCAAGACAGGUCAAGGCUCUUGCAGGCAAGAAGGUCCGUGAAGUGGCAGUAGGCUGUAUGCACAGUGUGGUCCUUACUGAGGAUGGAGAGGUGUAUGUUUGGGGCCGUAAUGAUCAAGCACAAUUAGGAGAUUCGCCUCAUGCUGCUCUGGCAGAACCAACACUGAUGUCAGCAUUGCAUGGGAAGAGUAUUAUUGGCAUUGCCUGUGGCCCAUCACAAACCUUUGCUUGGAGUACAAAGAUGUCAUGGUCUGUCUCUACACGCACCCCUUAUGUUGUUGAGGUUUGCGAAGAAACUUUCACUAAACUUAAUGAUCUUCUGGAUCGAGUGGGAGAGGGCCUGGCUGAUGAUCACAUUCCUUCACAAGAGCAGGAAUGCAUGGUAGUUGCUGGACUCAAUCUUCUGAGGCUACAGUUACAUGCUGCUGUGCAGAACCACACAGAUGUGGACAGCGUGGGCCUGCAUGUUGGAUCUUCACUCCUCAGCAGCCUGAAACAGAGGGUUGUCAAUCUUGCAAGUAGCUCUGGAGUUCUUCCAACAAUUCAGGGAGCUGCACAAGCUACUCUUCAGACAGGCUGGUCCAUUUUGUUACCAACAGCAGAAGAAAGAGCUAAAGCUUUGUCAUCUCUUUUACCAAGUACAGGUUCAGAUAUAUCUAGCAUGAGCUCAGGACGUCGAUUCAUGAUAGAUCUUCUUGUCUCAAGCCUUAUGGCAGAUGGAGGAUUAGAAAUGGCCCUUGAUGCUGCUAUAAAGUUCGAAGUGCAAGAAGCUGAAUGCACAGAAAAGAAUAAAGUGACCCAGAGUGCCACCAUAAGUAGUAGCAUCAACAGUGUUGGAGGAGCUAACAUUAGCCCAAGAAAGAAUGUGAGAGGGGGGGAAGGGGCUGCUGCACGACGUUCCUUUGAUAAUUCCAUGUCUGAUGACCAGUCUGCCACAUUGCCACUACUCCACCUAGUGCGACAACUCUUGAGAAACGCUUCAACACAAACACUAAUGCGGUUACAGGCAAUCGCUCCAGACAACAUGUCUAUGAUCUCAUCUGCAGUGUUAAUUGAUGGACAUAAUGAAAGAAGUGGCAGUAUGAUGAGUGCAGAAGGAGUGCAGGGAGAUUUGUCACCAUCCAUUCAGCUGUUAUUAAGGUUUCAGCGCUUGUUAGUCAGUCAUUUGUUCCCAGUGGAAAGUAACAUGAGCCCCAGACAUGUUAUGCAAGAAAGUGAACUUGAGGGAGCAGGUUGGCUGUUGAGGAAGUACUUAUCAUUACUGGUGGGACAUGUGUCCGACACUCUCUCCAUUGCCACCUCCCUGGCCACCAUCAACACUCGCCUCACAGCCCUGACUUGCACCAUUCUCCAGAGAGAUAUCACAGGCCUGUUACUCAGUGAACUGUUUGUGUCACUCCUCGUGGUGUCAGUCCAUAACCCCAAUGUGGUUCUGUUGUGUGACCUUAUCUCGCCCUUGCUGAGCCUGCUAGAACCCUUGGAUAGGUUCAAUCAGCUUGCUCCUGGUGCUGACAGGGAGGACACAGAAGAUAUGGCAUGGCCAGGGAUCAUUGUAAAUGCAUCAAAGCAAACAGAAGAAGUACCAGUUAUUCGAAAAGCAGACCUUGAAAAUCACAACAAAGACGGUGGACUAUGGAUAGUGGUGAAUGGAAAGGUUUAUGAUGUCCAAGAUUUCAGAUCGACUGCCCCUUGUGGCAGUGACAUACUUCAGUAUUAUGCAGGACAAGAUGCUACACAGGUAUGGGAGAUGGCAAACCACUCAGCUCGAGCCAAGGAGAUGAUGGCCAGUUAUUUUGUGGGGAACUACAUGGACCCAGAACAAGAAGUUGUACAGGUACUUGAUGCAAGCACACUGUCUUCACCACUGGUAGACACUGAAAGGGCUCUUGCCAUGCUCAUAGGAGUUUAUGCAAGUUGCCAAGCUCGUGGCCAGCCUGUAACUCCUCGAGAAUUAGAUCAUGAGAAAUGGAUAUCAGCAGAGUUCAUGCGAGCUGGUUGUCAGACUGUCCAGCCACCUGACCCCUAUGAUGAAGAAAAAGGAGAAGCCCGAACAGGAUCUUCAGCCACAACUCCAGGCUCUGUUACAACACCAGGAGAUGUCAGACUUCCUCGGCCUAUGGAUCCUUUGGCACACAAGAAGUCAAGGCCACAGGGGCAGACAUCUGGACCUCAGGUUGAAAUUGACACAUAUUUCUCGAACAUGGCAGAUUAUUUCCUGUCUGCUUUAAUGGAAGGGAAGACGCAGGAUCCAUAUGUUCAAAUGUUCCUGUCAAUUUGUGAUCGAGAGAUUCGGCAAAGUGGACGACAUUCCUUGCAUACAAAUUUUUCCCUUGAUCAUCCCAUUGAGGAAGUUGGUCGCCUUGUGUCUGCCACCCUUCUACGUCAUACACACCUCACUGCGCAACUUAUUGAAGUGAUUGAGCAAGGCUUAGCUUUAAGUGCUGAGGACAGCCAUGGUUGGGAAGCAACUCUUGAUUUACCCCGGGGUUUACAAGAAGUGAUUCGUCAUGUCCACAACACCAAGUGGCUUCUGAUCAGGCGAAGGCAAGAGCUGACACGCUCUUAUAAAGAAGUGUGUGCUCCUGUUAUGGAAAGAUGCAGAUUUGUUUUCUAUGAAGUUCGUCCCGCUAGUUGUGGAGAUGUUGAAGCUCUGGAAAAGUUUGCUGUACGAGGGAUCUCAAGGUGGAGAAAAGCGACACAGCUGCUUCGUUUGCGUUCUAAUGACACCACUGCCACCAGUCAGGAGAAGGAUGAACCACAGCAGGACACCAAAGGAACAUCAGGAUCAGUGGAAGACAUCAGCAUCAGCAGCAGCAGCCACAGCAUGAGUGAGGCCGGACCCAACGGUAAUGAUGGUUGUGAUUUGGACGUCAGAAGUGGUCACCUGGACAAGGGAGAAGACCUUUGCAAGGACCUUACAGAACCCUUGGAUCUUAGCCGGCUACCAGGGGAUCCAACUCUUGACAACAACAUCAAAGUAGAUGGAGAUGUAGAUGGGACUGAUAAAGAGAAGAAGGUGCCAACUGAAUUGAAGAAACCUCCCAUUGAAGGGAAGAAAGCAUCUGUUAGCCUCAACCUGAAACGGUCCCCUUCACCACCUGGGGCAACGCACUCCCCUUCAAGGCCAUCCUCACUCUUGACUCCAACAGCUCCUCCAUCAACAGCAAAGGUUGUUGAAAUUUCUACAAAAAUAAUUGAAUUUGUAUGUUCAGAGGAGACUAUUGAUAUUGAAGCAAUGCGUAAGGCAUUUUUCUCACAGAUGGAAAGAGCCGAGACACGUUUACAGGGCAUAGAAAUGUUUCUUGGCCUUGUUCAGAAGAAUAAUCUGCUACCUUCAGUGAGACUCACUCUCAUUAAUGGUUGGCUGGGUUUGCUUCCAUUUGCUCCCAAGAACACUCUUGUUCUUCCUGACUGUUUGGAGAACAUUCCACUUGUUCCUGUAUAUCAACGAGCAGUUUUAAGGGCUGCUUGGGCACAAGUUUGGGAAUGGGCUGUGGGAGAGCUUCGUGCGCAUGUGCUGAAGGCAGAGCAGCAUUGCGUUGCGGCACACUCAACUGGAAGGUUGCUGAAGGGCCGAGACAACCCCACUUACAAAGACUCCAACCUUAGCUGCCGAGAUCAUAACAUUUUAGCCUCCAUGCCAUUAUCAAGAUUUGUACUGUCUUUGGUGUGCCUUACGACAAGAGCUCACACUGGAGCUGACCUGAGUCUCCUGGUAUCAGGGGGGCUUUUGGCAUUGAUACAGACGUUACUCAGGCUUAUUGGCCCAUCAAGUUCCUCUGCCAACAGAGAAGCUGAUAAGGAAGAAAUGGUAGCAAUCUUUGAAGAAGCUGCAAAGAAACCUGCCAUGCCACCCCCUCCUCUUUCUGGUCCAGAACUUGCUGCUAUGAUGAAGGUUGGGACGAGAGUUGUUCGUGGCAUAGACUGGAAAUGGGGCGACCAGGAUGGACCUCUUCCUGGUGAGGGCACUGUCAUUGGAGAGCUAGGAGAGGAUGGUUGGAUCCGGGUGCAGUGGGAUAACGGGUCCACCAAUUCAUACAGGAUGGGCAAGGAGGGGAAGUAUGACCUGAAGCUGGUGGAUUCCCCACUGCCUCAGCCUCCUGAGAGUGAGUCGGACACAGAAGAGGAGGAAGUGACUGAAUCCAGCUAUGUAAGGAAACACCCCAUCUUGGUCCUCCGUGAUUCAUGCCUUCACUUAUUAAGAUCUGUGACUAUAUCAACUGGUCUGACUGCUCAGUGCAUGUCCCAGUCCAGUGUCCGCACCCUGGCUGCCUUGCUCCAUGGCAUUGUUCAGGCUGGAACAACUCAGUCAGAUGAGCGUGACCCCAUCCUAGAAGAGCAACACAAGUCGUGGGCUACACUGGGAUUGAUUCGAUCCGUGAGCUGCUCCCCAGUUCUCUGUCGCAACUUAGCAACACCCCCUUGGGUUAGCCUCCUACUGACCCUUGCGCAAACAUUUUUAGGACCUGCCUCCCUCUACAGAAGGGUGAGACUCCAUAUUUUGUUUUCUUUGGGUGGCAUAUAUAUGUGUAUAAACAAUUUGACACAUAAUUUAUUUUCUUGGAUGUUCAUGCAAUGUCCUACAUUCAUUUCAGGCAAGAAGGCUCGUGGUACUUGUGUUGCAAUUACUGCAACUCAUUCAAGUACAGUUGUGGAGGCUGUAGUGUCCCUUGUAAGAACUUUACAUGCUCUCCCUGUAUGGAACAGUGUUAUUAAUGAUGCCAUCACAGAUCGCCUGAGCUUAGUGGCUCAACUGUUGUCUGAUCUGGCUCAGUUCCAGUUGAAGGUUGAUGAUUGCAGACCUGGCAGUUUAGUUGGACAGGCUGCCGGGGUAGCAGCAUCUUUGGCUGUGAUUGGGGGUCUUGAUGCCAGACCUAGAUUAGGGGGCAAUGUUCUUCUAGAAGAUGAAGCAAUUGGUACAAUUGCACGCAUUGGUCACCACAAAGUCUAUGUUCAGCCACAUGAAGGUGGUACCCUGUUGAAACUUGGCCUGUCUUCAGUUGUGCCAUCUCCUACUAAACAGUUUGCUAUAGAUCGUUUAAGCAUAACUGCAGCAUGUGUGCAAAUGUGGGUUUCACUGGUUGCUCUAGCUGGUGAUUAUACAAGAAAUUUCCAUGUGUCAACACCAUUGUCUCUGUCUCCAACUCUCCUAAGAAUACAACAGAUUCGUAUGUUGGUGAUACGGGGUUGUCGAGCUCUUCUCACCCAUCAGUCUCUCUUAAGGCUGGUCCUUUUGCAGCCGACUAAUGAUAUCAGUACCUCCACCAACAAUCUUGAUGCAGGAGAAGACACCAGUCAGAGCUCAGAGAAUGUGGCAUUUGGAGAAGGUGACCCAACAACAACAUCAGUGGACUUGUUCUCACCAUGGGACUUCAUGGAAGUUAGUAGCAGCGGCUCGUCUGAAAACUCCUUCCAGUGGUACAUAAGGAGGCCAUGGAUAUCUCCCCAUAUCAAUGAGGAUCUUCCAUCUAAAAAUCCCUUUGGGAUGUCAAUGAAAUGUGUAUCAUCUGUAAUAAGAAAGAUUCUGUUGAUUCAACGUCUGAUCACUGCUGCUACACCACCUUCACCCGUCAAGGCUUCAUAUACUAGGGAGCAGUUAGAGACUGCAGCCCUGGCAUUGUGUGAAAGUCUAACGGAAGAGAUAGCGCAGCCUACUCCCCCAACCCCUUGCUCCAAUGACGAUCUCUCAACACCUCUCAGCGAACAUUCCAUUGGUCCGCCAUCUCCUGGUAUUCUGGUGGAUAACCAUUCGACACAGUCUCGUCCAGCGCAUCCAUCACAUACCACUCGAGGAAAGAGGACGCGAACAGUGCCCCCUUCGCCUUUAGUGCGCCAGCUGAUGGAAAUGGGCUUUGCUCGUAAAAGUGUAGAACAUGCUAUUAAGGCUCUAGGAGGCCUUGGAACUGAAGUGACACCCAGCCCCGAGUCCUUAGUGGUGUGGUUGAUAGAACAUGCUGAUCUCACGCUGUCAGACUCCGACAGUGCUCCAGAUGUCCUUGACUCAGAUGCUGAUUCACUCACUGAUGAAUUUAAUGAUGAGCCACCAUUGUUGGAGUCCUCUCCUGUUGUGGAAGUAUAUCGUAAACGUUCAGAGUUCACCAGUAAUGAUGAAUAUGCUAUGUAUGUUCGGGAUCAUAUCUGCCCUGGGAUGACUGUACGGUGUUGCAGAACUUAUGAAGAGGUUCAUGAAGGUGAUAUUGGGCGUGUUGUACGUGUGGAUCGAGGAUCUCUCCACAACCUUAAUGUUCAGGUGGACUGGCAACGGAAGGGUGGAACCUACUGGGUGCGCUACAUCCAUAGUGAGCUCCUGGACCAGCCUCCACCUCCAUUAGCAGCAAGUGGACCCAUAAGAGUGGGUGACAGAGUGAGAGUGAAGAGCUCUGUCAACACACCAAAGUACAAAUGGGGAUCUGUCAAUCACCGUAGUAUUGGUGUGGUAACAAGUGUGAGUACAAAUGGCCAAGAUCUGAUCGUUGACUUCCCACAACAACCUAAUUGGCAAGGGUUAGUUAGUGAGAUGGAGGUGGUACCAUCAUGUCAUAUGAAUGUCACCUGUGAUGGCUGUGGAGUUUCACCAAUAACAGGUGCACGACUGAAAUGCAAAGUUUGUGACAAUUUUGACUAUUGCGAAGAAUGUUAUCAGACAAAGAGAAGUCAUCGACAUUUGUUUAACCGUAUUGCUGAACCAGGGAGUCCAGCUGUGUAUGCAGGGCCCCCAGGCAGAGGACGCUUCCGCAAAAAGGAAGGAAUCCUGGGAGGUGCCGACGGUACGAUUGAGGACUGGUACCGUUGCGUUAGGAACCUGAGUGUGUCAUCAAGAGAAAAUUGGGCUCAUCGACUGAUUGAUGGAACUGGGAGCUACUGGCAGAGCUGUGGACAGGAGGGCAAGCAUUGGAUUCAUUUGGAGAUGCAGCCCAACAUUGGUAUAGAGUGGCUGCGUAUGUUAGUGGAUCCAGCAGAUAGCUCAUACAUGCCUACAUUAGUUGUGAUUAGUGGUGGAGAUUCCCUUGCCAAGAUGCGAGAGUUAGCGACUAUCAGAAUAACUCCAUCAGACACUUGGGUCACCCUCCUCUCUCUCUCUCCUGUGAUGUGGAAAAGGCACCAAAAGCAAGAAAUUGGCGAUCUUGACAAAAAGAAGUAUCGUGUACCAAGUGACCUCACUCUACCAAUGGGUUCCCUAUAUCAGAUUGCCUAUACAGCACUUAGUCACAAUGAGCAAAUUAAUCGUACACAUGUUGCACCUGUUUUACCUUUUCCUUGGUCUUAUCAGAUAGGCUUUUAG